AUGUAUUAUGAAAAGGAAACUCUUCAUGAUCAUCCAAUUUCAAAUAUGAAUAAGUCAGUGGAAAAUUUAUUGUUAUCAAGUCACGACGUUCUAAGUUCUAUAAAUUCGUCAUCUCUGGGAGCACUGAAUCCCAAUAAAUCAGGAAAUGAAUACUCCGGUGAAGAAUUAAAUGAUUCGACGUCUAGUAAAAAUGAUAAUGAACGUAAUCGGCCGCUUAGUCCAAAUUCAUCUCCUCAGUCGAGUCCGAAAAUUCAUAACAGAAAAGAAUACUGGAAAACAUCCGGCUCUUCCGCGUCUAAUUUGUCGCUUAAAGAACAUGAUAAUUGGUCAAAGGCUGAUGAUCAGUCAUUGGAACCAGCAAAUAGAUCAUCAGAUUCAACAGAAGCUGGUCGCAGUACAACCGAAAUUCGCAAAGAAGGAAGAACUGAUCGUAGUAAAAAGAAAUCAUCAUGGUACAAUGUUCUUUAUCCAACAUAUAAAUCGCGUUCUGAAGAUUUUAAGAGAAUUUUCAAAGACGUUCCUGACGACGAAAGAUUGGUAGUAGAUUAUUCGUGUGCCUUACAACGGGAAAUAUUAGUCCAUGGACGACUGUACGUAUCUCAAAAUUACGUUUGUUUUUAUGCAAAUAUUUUUAUGUGGGAAACCUUGGUUUCUCUUCGUUGGAAGGACGUUGAAUCAAUAACCAAAGAAAAAACAGCACUUGUAAUACCAAAUGCUAUCUCGAUAUGCACCAGCAAAGAUAAAUUUUUUUUAACAACUUUUGGUGCUCGAGAUAAAACUUACCUCAUUACCGCUGAAAUGUGGUCGCUUGUCCACGCAUGCUAUGGAGAAGAAUUAGGAUUAACUUCCGACGACGAGGAUUACAUUCCACCUAUAGCUGCAGCGGAGGAGGAGAAAUUACCGUCGCGUUUAUCCACGGAAUCCUUUUCAGAGGCUGAAGCAGCACCUGCUGACAAUGUACAAUCAAGAGUUGAUCCCAUUCCCGAAACUAUCGAUAAAAUUGACUCUAAGCCAGAUGUUAAUUUAGACCCGACCGAUAUGAGUGAUACGACUGAAAGUGAGGCUGAAAAACAAGCACUAAGACUAGGCAUAAGAAGCACGACAGUAUGUACAGCAGCACACGACGGCCGUCAAUUAUCAAAUGCAGUUUUACCAAUCCAUAUCGAUCAAUUAUUCACCCUACUAUUUACAAGUUCAAAAUUUUUCCUGGACUUUCACACGGCUCGAAAAACUACGGACUUGAUCCAAUCAGCUUGGACGCAAGAUCCCGAGACAGGGCAAAAAAUGCGAACAGUAUCUUUGACAGUAUCUCUAACGCAGCCAGUGGGUCCACGAACAUCUCAGGUAACAGAGACGCAAAUAAUGCUUCCAUGCAGUCGUCCAGGUCACCGUUAUUCCAUAAAUGUCGAGAGCUCGAACGCGGGGAUUCCCUACGCAGACUCCUUCAGCGUUAUUACUCAUUUUUGCAUGGUUGCGGUAACUGAAAAUGAAACCAGCCUGAAUAUUUCCUCCGUAAUAAAAUUUAAAAAGCACGUGUGGUCUGUCAUGAAGAGUUUGAUUGAGAAAAACGCGUGGGCUGGAAUGGAGGAGUACUACGGAAGUUUGACCAAAGCUCUGAGUGUUGAGUGUGAGGACACCGCCAGUGGUAAUGGCAUUAAAAGAAAAGCCAGAAGACGAAGACGAGCAGUAGGUGUUAGUCCCUCGCUACCAGUUCAUGCUCCUGAUUUACCUACCACGCUUUCAGCCGCAGUUGCUGACCCACCACAUGUUAUUAGCAGUGCUUCUAAAACUCGGGAAGACCCGACUAAUUUAAUGAACUGGAUUCUACUAAUUGCUGUUUUCUGCUUGAUGAUCAUUAAUGGAUUGCUUUACUACAAGCUCUGGGGACUUGAAGACGCUGCAGCUUAUACUGUGAUGGACCUCCAUGUUCUUCGGAGCACUCCCAAGUCCGAGGAGGACUGGAUUAAUUUGUUACAGCAACAGGAAAGUUUGCAUAAUGUUGAGAUGCGGAAAUGGCAAAGAGUUUUACAUACUGCUGCACAACUACUUAGACAGACAGAGGAUUCAUUGAUUGAAUUGCAAAAGAGUAUGCAUCCAACGUCGACAGAAAAAGUAUUUUCUGUUUUAAAACCAAAUUUAAAGGGGUUUUACAACGACAGAGACGAUCAACGCCAUAAUGAAGAUAUGUAAUUUAAAAAAAAAAAAAAAAAAACAAAAAAGAAAAAUUAUUAAUUAAUUUAAUUAUGUAA